AUGGCAGACAACGGCUUUGUCUACAAACUAUACCGCUAUGUUCCUUCAAUUCCAGCUGCUGCGAUCAUGGCAGCAGACUUUGGUCUCCUGGCCACGGGGUAUCUCUAUCGCAUCGUCAAACACAGGGCAUACUUCUUCGUCCCUUUCAUCAUUGGUCUUCUUUUUGAAACAGCAGGUUAUAUCGCUCGCAUCUUCUCCCGCUUUGAUCCAACCGCCCUGGGUCCAUAUAUCAUACAGACAAUGUUGAUCCUCGUCGCUCCCCCCUUGUUCGCUGCCUCCAUCUACAUGACUCUCGGACGCGUGAUCCCAGAGCUGGACGCAGAACCAGCCUCGCUAAUUCAAGUCCGCUGGCUAGCCAAGAUCUUCGUCGUGGGGGAUGUCAUUUCCUUUCUGUGCAGUGCGGAGGGGGCGGGGUACAUGGCGGCAGGCACACUCGACGCCAUGAAGAACGGCGAGCACAUCGUCAUCGCUGGUCUCGCAAUCCAGCUACUCUGGUUCGGCUUCUUCAUCGUCGUCGCAUCGCUGUUCCACUGGCGCGUCGUCCGCCAUCCAAAGGACCUCCUGGGCGACUCUCCAGCCUGCGUGCUGAUCCUGGUUCGCACCAUCUUCCGAGUGGUCGAGUUCCUCCUCUAUGUCUUCGACGCGGUGUUGAUGGGGCUGACUGGUAUCGUGCUUGGUCUUGUCUUCCCAGGCUCGUUUGUCUCACAACAGUCGCGACGGGCUGAGGAUGCUGUUCCUCUUGGUAGUCAGCUGUCUAGGUGA